UGUGUGUGUGUGUGUGUGAGCAGUGUGUGUGUAUGAGUGUGUGUUCGGAUAAGGCGCUGAUCUCCGCUGACGAUGCCGCGGUCCUGAUGUUCCCGGAGUGUGUGACCGAGAGUUAUUGUUAUUGAUGAAGAUGAUGAGGAUGUGGACACUCCUGCUGCUAAGCUCCUGUCUCACACCUGUCCUCGUCUCCUCGGAGCUCACUGUACCCCAGAACGUGUCCGUACAGAAGGACCUGCAGUCUCAGACGCUGAAGCUGUCAUGGCGGAGCGACGCCUCGCUCUUCGACGUGGAGGUGUACCUCACUGAACUCAUGGAGCUCGUCCUCAACGAGAGUGUUUGGGUGGAGCCCAACCCUCAGACGGGGAACCGUGAUUGGUUGUGGCGGUCGGCCGUGCCUCUGGAGUGCACCUCCCACUCUAUACGCCUGAGAGCGCGACACAUGGACGCAGUAAGCCAGUGGAGCCCCCUGCUGACCUUCCGCGGUAUGGACGUGUCGGACCUGCCCAGCCCCCUUAUGUACCCUCAGGAUUCGAUCCUGGAGGUGGGCGGGAACGUGACGGUGUGCUGCAUCAUUCCGAAUAACACGAACAUCAGGUUGAUGUACGGGACCCGGGAACUGGUGGUGACCAGACUGAGCCCCAGGAGCUACAGCGCCACCAUCACCAACCUGCAGAAGUCCUCCUACACCGGCACCAACGCCGUCUGUUACUCUGAAACCACCAUGCUCACCGGCACCGUGCUCUUCAUCGGCCACCCCCCAGGUGAUGAGGGUCUGCAGUGUGAAACACGAGAUCUACAAACGGCUGAGUGUCGCUGGAGCAAGGGACGAGACACGGGUUAUCAGAAACGUGAUUUACUCACCAAGUACACUCUGAACAACAGGAGUUGUACCGUGGACAGGAUAGAGAGGAGGCCGUGUCGCUCUGAACGCUGGGAGACCAGCUGGACGCUGGUGGCCAGGAACCCCCUGGGCACGGUCCAGCUUUCUGACUCCGCCCCCAUGGACCAGCGCAUACGUCUGCUGGCGCCGACGAGCGUGAUGUCGGAGGUCGAGGCGUGGGAGGCGCGUGUGAGGUGGAACUGGACGGUGGACGCCUACAGAACCCUGGACCUGCUGUGUGAGGUGCAGCUGGAGAGCGGAGGACACGCCCACACUCGUAACUACACCGGGCGGGGUCUCUCCUCUGUGGUGUUGGACAGGCUGAGACCGGACACUGGGUACUCCUUCUCCAUCCGCUGUGCGUCUCUGCACUACUUCUGGCGUUGGGGAGACGGGAGCGCCCCCUACAGCCUGCACACGCUCACAGACCGACCUAAAGCUCCAGACAUGUGGGUGUGGAGGACAAGUGAAACUACAGGACAGGUCACAUGGAAGGCUCUCUCGCGCAGGGACAGUCACGGUGCUCUGACGGCGUACGAGGUGUCUCAGAGAGACAGGGAGGGAGACGGGUGGACGACUGUCUCUCUCCCUCCGACUGUAUCCAGCGCUCCCAUCACACUUAGCAACAGCAGUGAUGUCACAGUCGCCGUGGCGGCGCGGAACUCGGCCGGUCUCUCCGAGCGCAGCACGCUCGUCGUCCCACAAUACACUGCAGACUCUGAGUUGUCCGUGCCUGAGCUGGUGAGUAAUGGAGGAGAAGGAGGUUUAACCGUUUCCUGGAACGUUGAGCAGAACGCCACUCAGGGCUACGUGGUGGAGUGGGUGCCCUCCUGCUGCCCCGCCCACUCCGUCUGCCUCGUCCAAUGGGAGAGAGUCUCGUCCUCCAACAGCAGCGCCGUGGUCCAAUCAGAAUCUCUGGACCCUGGAGUGCAGUACACACUCUCUGUGUUCGCUCUGCUCCCUGAAGCCUCAGUGCUGCUCAGGAGGUACCACGCGUACGGGCAGGAGCAGGUUCCCCCUCAGUCUGUAGGGGCGCUGUCGGCUCGUCAGUCGGGCUCGGACGUCGUCCUCACCUGGACUCCCGUUCCUGUGUGUGAGCAGAGAGGGUUCGUCCUGGGACACACCGUGUACAUGUCCGACGCCUCCGUCCUCAACCUCAUAGCCAAUCUGACAGACCCCUUGUCGAGCUCGUACACAGUGAGGGGCGUGUCCCUGGGCACCUAUAAGUUCGCGGUGAGGUCGUACACGUCCGCCGGAGAGGGACUGGAGUCCACCGUCUCCAUCAUGACCGAGUCUGACACUAACAUGAUGCUGGUGGAGAUCCUGGUGUCGUUAGGAGUGAUGUCCCUCUGUCUCGCCAUCAUCACCACCGUCUGCUACAAGAAGAGAGAGUGGGUGAAGAAAGCGUUCUAUCCAGAGAUUCCCGGCCCUAAGCUCACUGGGGAUUGGUCAGCGCCAACGGGUCCGCUGAACUUGAAGCCGCCGGCCCACAGCCUGGUGCACAUCGUGGAGAGCCCGGAUAAGGAGGGGCUGGUCACGGUGCCGGGCGGGCAGGAGGACGGUCACCGUGACGACGAGGGCGAUAACCAGAACGUGGAGCUGGACACGGACUCGGACGAUCCCGCCCUGCUGCGCUACUACAACCAGCUGGUGAGCGACGCCUCCGACUGUUCCAGCAGCUCCAUGGACUCGGCGCAGACGCAGGUCACCUACACGGGGAUCCAAAGCCCCGCCUACCGGCCCCAGGCACAGGCCGAGGCCCGGUUCGAGGAGGAGGAGGCGCCCCGGGAGGAGAGUCCCGGCGGGGGGUACAAGCCCCAGUGCUCCUGGAGACCCGACUCGCCCGGGAUCGAGAACCUCUGCGGCUCGCUGGGAAGCCCGACCUCGGUGACGUCGUCACAGUUCCUCAUUCCAGAAACUCCAGAGGAACAUCCAGAGUCGUCGGGAAGCUGGUUCCAGAACCUCCUGUCCGGAAAAUUCUAAAUAGCGUGAAGGAAUCAUGAUAUGGAUGAAUAAUUAUGGGAUGGACCACAGCGUUAAGGACACUUCAGAUUCUCAUCAGUAACCCUGCAUUCCAUUAUGGACGAGGCCGCCGUCUUCAGAGGGAAGGUUAAAGGUUGCCGUCUUCCUCUAGUGAUGGACUGGACGUUUACGAGCUCUGACGUUGACCUCGUAAGGUUUAAUUAUGAAUGAUGUGAUGGGCGGUGACACACUACUGUACUGCAGAGGCUGAACAUUUCACUUCAUCUUUAAUGACAUGUACACAGUGUUCCUGAUGAUCAGCGAGCUAACAGGCUAAUGUAGCUAACAGGCUAAUGUAGCUAACAUUAACCGCACAUUAGCACCAGUUACAUGUCUCCCUGUGUAUAAACAUAUAUAUAUAUAUAUAUAUAGUGUAUGUCCUAUAGAGGGCGCUGUGCUGGACCGCGCAGCUUGGUUCCUUAGUAGGGUGACGGUCAGUGUUACCUUUCAGGUAUGAAGCGCUCUGAUGUUUAACCUACAGGUCACACUGGCUCUGAUAUAAGCUCACGGAUAUAACGGCAUUAUUUAGAAAAUGAACAUGAAAAGACAUGAGGGGCGGGGCUAACCCGGGAGCCAAUCAGGUCGCUGUGCCUGCGCGACACUACAGUGCUUGUUCCUGUCGUUUUUGCUAAGUGCUCUUACUUUACUGCCUUAAACCCUCCGCAGGUGAUUAGCUCACCCAGCUGCAGACAGAUGUUUAAGCUUCAUAAGUGUGUCUGCUUCCGUACAGUGUUUGAUGUUUUACAGAUGUUUAAAUGUUGCACAUGUGUACAGUGCAGUAAAGGGAACUGUUAGUGUUUAAACUCCACCCAGCGUUCUCAUAAACCGAACUGGGACGUGAUCUUUAUUUAGCGCUGGAGUUACGAGGCUAAUGUAGCUACAUCACCAAGAAUCCUACCCUGGACUCCGCCCUCUAGAUCCCCUUCAUGGGCCACACCCCCUGAGCUCCUCCCCCAUACUUUAACCUGUUUCCUUUACCCCACAUCUUAAUUAUGUUCCCAAUCUCACAGGCCACACCCAAUAAAACUCUAAGGUCCUAAUAAUUAUGUCCUGUGCUCUAGGCCACACCCCAACAACCCCGCCCAAAAAUCAUGUGUGUAUAAACACCACAUCUAAGCUCCACCACUGGAUCCUGCUUCAUAUGUCACAUUGCUCCACUUGAUUGCACCUCCUUGGCCCCGCCCCUAAACUUUUCUAUAGAUAGUUCACAGUUAGCUUCUUAGCCCCGCCCCUGAACUCUGUUUCAUAGUUAGUUCACACCUUCUAGACCCCACCCCUAGAGCAUGUUCCACAGGUCACACCUUCAAAGCCCCACCCCUAAACUCUGUUCCAUAGUUAGUUUACACCUCCUGGGCCUCGCCCUUAAAACCUGGUCCAUAGGUCACACCCUGAGGCCCCGCCCCUAGAUCACACCCCAGUACCCCACUAAAUCCUGAAAUCUAGAUUUAGCUUGCUUUGAUUGCACUUCUUAGCCACGCCCCUAGGCCUGUUUACACACCUCCUAGGCCCCGCCCCAGUACCCCACCCCAUGAAUCAUGUCCUGUAGGCCACACCCCUUAGGUUUCACGUCCAUGAAUUUGAUUGUAGCAUCAGUUCAGUAUUAUUAAUAAUAAAUUAUAUGAAUUUAUAAAAAAAAGUUUUUAGCGCCGUUAGUCUCAUAGUUUCAGUGUAAAAAUUAAAGAAAAAUUAACUGCUUCGUGCUGUUAGUGUUACUGUUUAACAGUAUGUGUGUGUGUGUGUGUGUGUGUGUGUGUGUUAGCGUGGUUAGCUCUCACCACGCUAUGAGCACAGACCCUUCAUCUCAUCCCGGCGUGCCAGUCCACAGCGAGUGGGCGUGUGCUGAUCAUCACCACACACACGCUGAGGUGUGUGUGUGUGUGUGUGUGUGUUCACAGGAGUGUUAGACAGACAGGAGGGGGUAAGACAGGGAGCAGUGAGAUCACAGAGAGGAGAUCUGUCCCAGUCUGAGGGCAGUGUGAGGACGCCCCGUCUCCUGGGGACACGCCCUCAUCACCGUGUAGAGGAGACAGGACGAGCCCACAAUCACUGUCGCCAUGGUUACGCAGCGGCACCUCGAGGCUGUUUGUUUCUGAGCAGAGAAAUUAGUGAGGGGUCGUAAAUAAACGAGUGAUGAGAGAGGACGUGUAGGUAAAGGUGUAGCAUCAUCAUCAUCAUCAUCAUCAGUUAUCAUUCAUUAAAAUAUCAGCACACGCCUACUCUGUGUGUGUGUGUGUGUGUGUGUGAGAGAGACUUAAGCUUUAAAUACUACUGUGAGAUCUUGAGUUUUAUUAAAUGUCAUUAACUGUAUUUUAUGUCAGAUAUUUUGUUGAUUUAAUUAGAUUUAAGUUGUUGCCUAUUUUUUUACUUCAUUAUUCAGUUACUCUAAGUUUUUCUCUGGUGUGUGUGUGUGUAAGUGUGUGUCAGAGCUGGAAUCGGCUCACCUGAGACGAGCCCUGUGCUCUGAUUGGUCGCAGGCUUGAGUGGUUGGGGGACGUGUGAACCUGAACAGGAAGUGGAAGCUGUUACAUGACACAGUGACUCGUUAGGAUGCUUUAGUGUUAUUCACACUCUAUUAAGCUGAUGUGUGUGUGUGUGUGUGUGUGUGUGUGUGUGGUCAUGUUUCGACUAGGGACACUAAUUCUGUAAUGACAGCUAGUGUCCUGCCCUGGUGGAGUUCCCCUAGGGAGGCAGCAUGAGGACACGCGUCUUCCAGCAGCUUCUAAUUCACAGGCUACUGCUAAUCUAGUGCACUACACAGGGAAGGGGGGGGGGGCAUUUGGGAUAGAGCCUGUAUCAGAACUGUAUUACUGCCCUACAUAGGGAGCAGGGGGUAGGGUGUAGGGAGCAGUUUGCGAUUCAGUGCAUAGUGACACUACAGACAUUUGUGAGUAAACACUGCUAGAGAUACGAAAUGGAAAUGUAUUAAUAUUAAGUAUUGUAAUAUUACAUCUUAACACUAACACUGUUGCCUUUGUGUGUGUGUGUGUGUGUGUGUGUACAUACUCUGAGACGCUAACAUACCACAUGUAUAAUGCUUAAUAAAAAAUAAACCUGA